ACGAGCCCAGCGCACAUCCAGUCUGGAGUUGAACAUUGAAGAAAACGGCAGCAAAAAGCGACCGCUCCUCAGCGUGUAUAAUUCAGAAGCGACUGUGUUAACUAGCAAAAGGAAUCCAAUCAGACGCACACACACACACAACGACACAGUCACAGUUACAGUCACACAUAAACGUACACUGACACUCACAUACAUAGACAGACACACACCCUCGCACACACACGCACACACAUGCACCAAAGCUUAUAUAAAAUCCAAGGAAAAAUCGAUGCGAGUGCAUUUAAAAUUCAACAAAAAAAGUCUCGAGUAGUUAAAACUUUAUUCGCGUCUUAUUCGAAUACAAAAAAGAAAGUUUGUUAAUUAGCCGAGUGAAAAAGAAAAACUAUGACUAAUCAGUGACGACAUCCGCGAGCCUCGCUUACACAAUAUUUCUAUACUAGAUAUAUAUAUACCUAUAAAUAUAUAUAUCAUAAGAUUGAAAAUCGGCUGCUCUAUUCUAAUUGGAAAACGGUGAACGCAAAAUGGUCACUGAAAAUGGAGCUCAGGGCGAUGGCAAUACUUCCUUCCUUCGUGCCGCACGCGCUGGUAAUUUGGAGCGCGUGCUGGAACACCUAAAGAACAACAUUGACAUUAACACUAGCAAUGCGAACGGCUUGAAUGCCCUGCAUUUGGCAUCCAAGGAUGGACACAUACACGUUGUCUCGGAGCUGCUGCGUCGCGGCGCCAUUGUUGACAGCGCCACCAAGAAGGGCAAUACAGCGUUGCACAUUGCCUCGCUGGCUGGACAGGAGGAGGUGGUGAAGCUACUGUUAGAGCACAAUGCUUCUGUCAAUGUGCAAUCGCAGAAUGGCUUUACACCCCUGUACAUGGCUGCCCAGGAGAAUCAUGAUGCUGUAGUUCGUCUCUUGUUGUCUAAUGGAGCUAAUCAGAGCUUGGCCACGGAGGAUGGCUUUACUCCGCUGGCUGUAGCCAUGCAGCAGGGACACGACAAAGUUGUUGCCGUGCUUCUCGAGAGCGAUACACGUGGCAAGGUGCGUUUGCCUGCGCUGCAUAUAGCUGCCAAAAAGGAUGACGUCAAGGCAGCUACGCUCCUACUGGAUAAUGACCACAAUCCGGAUGUAACCUCUAAGUCGGGCUUUACGCCACUGCAUAUUGCCUCACAUUAUGGCAACCAGAACAUUGCCAAUUUGUUGAUCCAGAAGGGCGCCGAUGUCAACUACUCGGCCAAGCACAACAUCAGUCCACUGCAUGUGGCUGCCAAGUGGGGCAAGACGAACAUGGUCUCGCUGUUGCUUGAGAAGGGCGGUAACAUCGAGGCCAAGACUCGCGAUGGCCUCACUCCACUCCACUGUGCCGCACGUUCCGGCCACGAGCAGGUCGUGGACAUGUUGCUAGAGCGCGGUGCUCCCAUCAGCGCCAAAACCAAGAACGGCUUGGCUCCGUUGCAUAUGGCUGCCCAGGGAGAGCAUGUGGAUGCUGCUCGCAUUUUGCUCUACCAUCGCGCACCAGUGGAUGAGGUCACUGUCGAUUAUCUCACUGCUCUGCAUGUGGCUGCCCAUUGUGGACAUGUGCGUGUGGCCAAGCUUCUGCUGGACCGUAAUGCCGAUGCCAAUGCACGUGCCCUAAAUGGAUUUACCCCACUGCACAUAGCCUGCAAAAAGAAUCGCUUGAAGGUCGUCGAGCUGCUGCUGCGCCACGGCGCCAGUAUUAGCGCCACUACGGAAAGCGGUCUAACUCCGCUACAUGUGGCCGCCUUCAUGGGUUGCAUGAAUAUCGUCAUUUACUUGCUGCAACACGACGCUAGCCCCGAUGUGCCCACUGUGCGUGGGGAAACUCCAUUGCAUUUGGCUGCACGCGCCAACCAGACGGACAUCAUACGCAUUCUUUUGCGCAAUGGCGCCCAGGUUGAUGCACGUGCUCGGGAACAGCAAACGCCGCUGCACAUCGCUUCACGUCUGGGCAAUGUUGAUAUUGUUAUGCUGUUACUGCAGCACGGCGCUCAGGUUGAUGCCACCACAAAGGACAUGUAUACGGCUUUGCAUAUUGCUGCCAAGGAAGGCCAGGACGAGGUGGCAGCUGUGCUGAUUGAGAACGGAGCUGCUUUGGACGCGGCCACCAAGAAGGGGUUCACGCCAUUGCAUCUGACAGCCAAGUAUGGGCACAUAAAGGUCGCCCAGCUGCUGCUCCAGAAGGAGGCGGAUGUGGAUGCCCAGGGCAAGAAUGGAGUCACACCGUUGCAUGUGGCAUGCCACUACAACAACCAGCAGGUGGCACUGCUGUUGCUGGAGAAGGGCGCCAGCCCACAUGCCACCGCCAAGAAUGGACAUACACCGCUGCACAUUGCAGCGCGUAAGAACCAGAUGGACAUUGCCACCACUUUGCUGGAAUAUGGCGCUCAGGCCAAUGCUGAGAGCAAGGCUGGUUUUACGCCACUGCAUCUAAGCAGCCAGGAAGGACAUGCCGAGAUUUCCAAUUUACUGAUUGAGCACAAGGCUGCCGUCAAUCAUCCAGCCAAGAAUGGUCUUACACCCAUGCAUCUGUGCGCCCAGGAGGAUAAUGUUAAUGUUGCAGAGAUUCUGCAGCGCAACGGUGCCAACAUCGACAUGGCCACCAAGGCUGGCUAUACUCCGCUGCAUGUGGCCUCCCACUUCGGGCAGGCCAACAUGGUGCGGUUCUUGCUGCAGAACGGGGCCAACAUCGAUAUGGCUACCAAAGCCGGCUAUACGCCUUUGCAUCAGACCGCCCAGCAGGGCCAUUGCCACAUUGUCAACUUGCUGCUGGAGCAUAAGGCCAAUGCAAAUGCCCAGACGGUCAAUGGGCAGACACCUUUACACAUUGCACGCAAGUUGGGCUACAUCAGUGUGCUCGAUUCUCUCAAGUCGAUUACUAAGGAGGACGAAGAUGCCGCUGCAACCACUCAGACGGAGGAAAAGUACCGCGUAGUGGCCCCAGAAGCCAUGCACGAAUCUUUCAUGUCCGACUCCGAGGAAGAGGGCGGCGAAGAUAAUAUGCUAUCUGAUCAACCUUAUCGCUAUUUGACCGUUGAUGAAAUGAAAUCCCUAGGCGAUGACUCGCUGCCGAUUGAUGUUACGCGCGAUGAGCGCAUGGACUCCAACCGCAUGACCCAGAGUGCUGAGUAUGCAGGUGGAGUACCACCUACCAUUGGCGAGGAGAUGAUAAGUCCGCACAAGGCUCAAGUAUAUGGCAACUCACCCAAGGCAACGGUCGAUGGUGUCUAUAUAGCCAAUGGAUCUGGCAAUGAUGAGCCACCACAUGUGGGUCGUAAGCUGAGCUGGAAGAGCUUCCUGGUGUCAUUCCUGGUGGAUGCACGCGGCGGAGCCAUGCGUGGCUGUCGCCACAGCGGCGUCCGUAUGAUCAUACCGUCGCGCUCCACCUGCCAGCCGACGCGGGUGACCUGCCGCUAUGUGAAGCCGCAGCGCACCAUGCAUCCACCGCAGUUGAUGGAGGGUGAGGCCUUGGCCAGCCGCGUGCUCGAACUAGGACCCUGCUCGACCAAGUUCAUUGGCCCCGUUGUCAUGGAAGUGCCACAUUUCGCUUCACUGCGUGGCAAGGAGCGUGAGAUCAUCAUCUUACGUUCCGACAAUGGCGAAACCUGGCGAGAGCAUACUAUUGAUAACUCCGAGGAGGUCAUACACGAUGUCAUGCAGCAGUGCUUCGAGCCAGAGGAAAUCGCACAGCUGGAGGAGCAGGCCGGCAAUCAUGUCUGUCGCUUUGUCACCUACGAUUUCCCGCAGUAUUUUGCUGUCGUAUCACGUAUACGCCAGGAGGUGCAUGCAAUUGGACCCGAAGGCGGCAUGGUGUCCAGCACUGUGGUGCCGCAGGUUCAGGCCGUCUUCCCGCAGGGCGCCCUGACCAAGAAAAUCAAAGUUGGCUUACAGGCCCAACCAGUUGAUCCAGAUCUAACGGCUAAGCUAUUGGGUCGCGGCGUGGCCGUCUCGCCGAUCGUAACGGUCGAGCCGCGUCGUCGCAAAUUCCACAAGGCAAUCACACUGAGCAUGCCCGCCCCGAAGGCACACAGCCAGGGCAUGAUCAAUCAGUACUCGGGCAAUACGCCGACGCUACGACUGCUCUGUUCGAUAACAGGCGGACCGUCCCGGGCCCAAUGGGAGGAUGUUACGGGCUCCACGCCAUUGACAUUUGUCAACGAUUGCGUCUCAUUUACGACAACGGUUUCGGCCCGUUUCUGGCUGAUGGAUUGUCGCAACAUUUCCGAUGCAACCAAAAUGGCAACAGAGCUGUAUAAGGAAGUCAUACAUGUGCCCUUCAUAGCCAGAUUUGUGGUGUUCGCCAAGAAAAUAGAGCCCUUCGAGGCACGUCUGCGCGUCUUCUGUAUGACCGACGAUCGCGAGGAUAAAACACUCGAGAAGCACGAGCUAUACACCGAGGUGGCUAAGAGCCGUGAUGUCGAGGUGCUCGAGGGCAAACCCCAGUACAUUGAAAUGGCUGGCAACCUGGUGCCCGUUACCAAGUCGGGUGACCAAUUGCAGUUGCAGUUCAAGGCCUUCCGUGAGAAUCGUUUGCCCUUCACGGUGCGUGUGAAGGAUCAACAUGCAGAUAUUGUGGGUCGCACGUUGUUCAUGAAGGAGCCCAAAGUGGCGAAGGGCGAGCCUCCACAGCAACCCAUCUGCAUACUGAACAUAGUACUGCCUGAGGCUGUCAUACCUGAUUCGACGACAGCGUUUUCGGAACGCGUCUCCUCCGCCUAUCGCACCUCGAUGUUCAGUCUGAGCAAGCAUCAAAACGAUCAUUACAUUGGCGAUAUACGCAUUGUAGACCUAUCAAACUUACUGGGUAAAGACUGGAUACAACUGGCUCCAGAGAUAGGCGUAACUGCCGAUGAGAUCGAUGAAAUCAUUAACCAAAAUACCGACAGUAUUGCGCGACAGGCGCAGAGCAUGAUUCGCUUGUACAAAGAUAAGCCAAACUAUGACAUUCUCGCACUGGAAGCAGCUCUUAAGAACAUCGGACGAGACGACAUCAUGAAGAAGUGCAAGAGUGGAAGAUUAUCGCAUUCGCGAGAGUUUGACGAGGCAGAUCUUAUGAAGAACUCCGAAUCUGUAGAGGAGCUGGUCCGCAGAGAAAGCAAGCGAAUCCAGCAAAUCAACGAACGCGAAGAAGUCAAAUACUCCGCUGAGGAGAAGGAAGUUGAAGAGUCCGAGUCCGAUGAGGAACCAGCAAAACGAACCGUUGCCGAACGCCGAGAGAAAAUCGUCAAGCGACUCUCGGUGGAGCGCUCCAUACCAGCUUCAACCCAAAAGAAGGAAAUCACACGAGAGAUUACUGAAAUCAAACGCAAAAGCUUGAUUGAGGACAAAAAGGCGCAUCACGAGUCAGAGAUUCUGAUGCAGCUACCCGCCGAUAAUGUCAUAAUUAAAACGACGACUGUGCCCGAGCAGGUCAUCAAGAUGAAGAUGGGUAAAUUGGAUUCGACUGAAGUGAGCAAGAGCGAAUUCGAUAAGGAGCUGACGCAUAAGUUGAAAACUUCUGGCCGCAGCUCAGAGGAAGAAGAACUGCCCUCUCCAGACAAGGUUGAUAAGAUUGUUCAGGACAUUAGCACUGCUGAGAAGACCGCUAAGAAGGACCCGACUACCACCAGCAGAGUGGGCUUCAUUACCCGUCAGGAAGCGCGUGAUAUGACCGAGGAUUUCUUGGAGUUCGAAAAGCGCAAUCAACUGCCAUCCGAAACGUCUGCUACCGUUCACGAAAAGUUCUCAGAGGAGUUUAAGGAAAAGACAAGUCCUGUGGCAACAAUUGCGCAGGAAACAAUCAAAGAGGUUGAACAAGUCAUCAGUGAAGUCACUGAAACUGCCAGCAAAAAGGUAGAGAAUAUAAUCAGUUCCUUUGAGAGCGGCAAACAGGAGAUCCAGGAGAAGAGCAGUGAGAUUACUAAAGACACAACGAAGGUCAGCGAGACAAUAAAGCAUCUGCAAGAAACUCAAUUUACACCUGCGGAAGACAUUUCCAAAACAGUUGAAAUUAUUGAGAGCUCGAAAAUUGAGGAGAAAAUUGCUGACUUCGAGGCCAAAAAGGUGAAAUACGAUUUCCAUGGUGGCGAGCCAAAGACGCAAAUACCUAAACUUGUUAAGAAACCUAGCGAGGAAGCCAUUAAACCUACAGCGGCUCCUCGGGCUGCAGCUGAAGCUGAGUUUGAGAAACCAGUCGAGGCAAAGGUAGAGAAACCAGUCUCACGGAUUCCCGUGAAGAGUGGCGAAGGUGCCAAGAUAGCCGAAGUGGAUGCACGAAAAUUGACACAAGAUUUUCUGCAAGCUGAGCAGAAAACUCAACUGCCAGCCCAAGCUGCAGCCGAGCCAAAAGCAGCUCCAGCUGCAAGUAAGAUACCGAAAGUAGAACCUAGAAAGUCAGUGGACAAGGAGUCGAAAAUCUUUGAUGACAUUGUAGCAUCCACUACAACCAUUAUGACAUCCGGAAUGGCUAGCGAACAGCCCAAGCCACAACCCGAAAUUGCUGCCAAGGCCGAAACUGUGAAUGAAAAGUUAACCGAUCUAAUUGACACGUUCCACAAGAUCGAGGAUAAAAUAAUAAAAGCCGACAAGCCCGCAGAGUUAGCUGACAAGAUAGAGGAAGUUGCAGGCAAAAAGAAGGAGCCUCUGAUUGCAGCUCAACAAAAACUGCCCGAAUUGGCCAAAAAGGAAGAUAAAGUGGCAGAAAAAGUGGCUGAUGUUGUCGAGACAUUCCACAAAAUCGAAGAGCACAUUGUCUUUGAUACUCUCAAGAAAACUAAUGAUUUCCUGAGCAUGGAACAGCAGAGCCAACUGCCCAGUCUGCGUAGUGCACCCGAGUCGUUGAUCGAGUCUAGCCAGACAUCAACCGCCUCCGAGCCUGAGUCCGUGAUAUCUGUGAAAGCAGCACCACCUGCCAGUAAAAUACCUGUUGUAGAACCUAGAAAGCCAUUAGUGGAUGACACAGUGAAACAAGCUGAGGUUAUAAGCAGUCAAAAGCCGAAGCCCGCCCCACUCAACGAACGUCAGCUUACAGCGGACUUUUUGCAGAUGGAACAACAAACUCAGCCUCAACCACCAAAGAACAUCGCGGAAGCGACAAUUCUACCAGAAGUCAUGCAGCCAAAACUUGCUAUGCAGGAAACAGCAGCUAUAACUGAGACUACUAUCAUUGACAAAGAACCGAAAGCCACAAUCGUGGAGCCUGAGACGAAGGUCGUUUCAGGAGAUGGCAUCGAGUCAGCUGCACCAAUUGGCGAGGUUUCACCAUUUGCUGCACGCAAGCUGACCGCCGAUUUUCUAGCGAUGGAGCAACAAGCUCAGCAGCCUAGUAUACCUAAAGUGAUGUCAGAAUACGAUAGCGAUACGUUCGAUAAGCGAGCCACAGUGCCACUGAGCGAUGACCUCAAGGAAGAAGGACUCUGUGCACCGCUGUCCAUAGAGCCACGCAAAUCGCUGACCGAUGCGGAGUUCUGCAAAUAUGUCGGCGAAACCAUUACCAAAAAGAUGAGCGAGGGUUUAAUUGAAAUGCCAGAUGAACUCAAACAGAUAGCGAGCGACAUACCACACUCCCAAACUCCGCCACCAACACCGAGUGAUGCCAAAACCGAGAAGCAGAAUGAGCAAUCCGGACUGGGCGAUCUAGAGCAUGAUUAUCUAGCCGACACUGUGACCACUUUGCACACGACCACAGAGUCGACUUUCGAACGCGUUGCUGCCAUUUCCACAGUUGAGCACUUCAGUGUUCAUAAUGUAAAAACCGAAACCUUUACAAGUUCAGAUGAAACUGAUAAGCUGCUACAUAGAAUGGCAGCUCCCCCCACUAUACAGAAACCAUACUCACAAGACACUACCUCAUUUACAGAAAUGAGUGCAAGUAGUCCAACUCCGAAGACAACGACCACAACAGCAACAAUAACAACAACGACGACUCUGACUACGCAAGUAGAACGCACCAAAGUAGAUUUAACUGCAAAGCCAAUCGGUCAUCCAAAGAAACAAGCGGAGCUGGAUGAUAUCCAGCGCGAUGCUGGCGAUAGGGAAUAUUUAGAGCAGAUAAUGGGCUGCGGUGAUGUGAGGCGCAAAAUAUUGCGUUUGGAGAGCUGUGGCAGUACGGAAUCUUUGGAAUCCAGUACCACACAACAGAGUGCCCCACCCAAGUACAUAGGCGAGAAGGUACCAGUUGUUAAAGAUGUGGUCCAGAGCAUUGAGAGCAAGAUAAGCGGCACUGAAGUUGAGGCUAUUCCAUUUCCCGUACAUAAGCGAGCAACAGAUCAGGAACAUAAAGAGCCGAACAUCUGUGAGGUAGAGAAACAGAUACUAACAGCAGCAGAUCUUGCACUAGAUAAGUUAACAAAAUGCGAACCACCUGCUGAAGUUGUUAAGCGCUCACCUGUUGAGGCUAUGGAGCGUGGAGCAAUUGGUAUGGCGCAAAUUGAGGAAGAAGUUUGCGAAAAGAUUUGUGAGAAGCGAAAGGCCUUUGUGGUGGCAGAAGACUUAAAUGAAACGCAAAAGACUUUGGAUGAGCAGGUAGUAGAUUUAAAUAGACAAGUAGAACAGGUACCUGGCAACAUUUUAACAGCUAGUAUUGAUGAACCGAAAGACUUAGUAAGUAAGGAAAACACAUUAGAGACAUUGCCAAAAGUGAAGGAAGUUGUCCAAGACAUUGAACGUAGGUAUACCUCAACGAGCUUAGAACUUACACCAUUUAGUCCACGAAAACGUGGAACGGUAGAUCGCAAGGCUGAUUUAUCCACGAUAGAACAUCAGAUAUUAAGCGAAGCUGACCUAGUUCUAGAAAACCUGGGUACAAUCCGUUUUCCUGAACAGAAGGUAUCUUCGCCGGUGUUGCACAUGGAUAAAACAAGCCCCAGUACUGAAAAUCUUGAAGUAGUUUGUGAAAAGAUAUGCUUAAAGCGUAAAGUUUCCGAUAUGGCGAAAGAGUUCCAAAGGGAACCUGAUAGUGAAGAUAGUUUACAAUCGAACGAUGUUAAAUCAAUUACUGCUAAGUUCCUUUUGGACGAAAGAACUAAAUACAAUAUAUCCGGAAGUAUUAAACAGGCACCUGAAAGUGAUUAUAUUUUAUCUAAGCAAUGUGAUAAACAAGAAUUUCCAAUAGAUUUAAAUAAGCACAAUAAGGAAGUAGUCUUCCCGAAACUGGCACACACAGUUGAGCAAUUGCAUUCCAUUUCAAAAGCUGACAUUAAAGACGCAAAAGAAUUUAUAAGCGUUGCAACUGAAUACGAAAGAAAACUGAGCAAACUAAUUUUAGAUGAGAACCGACCGAAAUCACAGACUGAUAAAACUGAAAUAGAAAACCAAUUUUCAGAUAAGUUUCCAACCCAUGAUAUACAAUUAAGGUCUUCAGUCGAUGCGACGCAAGCUCAAAAAGCGAUUGAUUUUAAAACAAGUUUUCCACAAGAUACACUUAAUAUAGCACACGAGAGUGAAAGCGAUGAAGAGAUUAAUCAUAGUGAACAGCUGAAAAAGAUAAAAACACUAUCCAAUAAUAAAAAAAGUCCUCAAAAACCUAUUUAUGUAAGCGAAUCCAAAAUUCUAGAGUCAACAAUAAUAACUAAACAAGAAGAGAGAAAGCUUCCAUCAAAUUCAAAAGAACGAGAAGAAAUAUUAACUUCCGAAUUUAUCACUAAAAACAAAACAGAACAUCAUAAAAUCAUUCAAAGUACCCACAAUAUAAAGAAAGAAUUAAAUGAAACCACUAAGCCUCCAAUAUAUAUAUCUAAGCGACAAGAUAGUCCUUUGCUGUCAAUUGCAGACAAACCUAUUCAAAAAUCGGAUGAUAUAGCAAAACCAUUGACUGCCGUAAAAGAUGAUACGUCGCAUCCUAAAUUAGAUGAGAAACCCAAAAGUCCUCUGGAUGUAUCUAAGAAAACUCCAAAGGACUAUUCUGACGACGAAAGCGAUGAGGAAGUAGGGUUUAAUAAGCCUCAAGAUAAGUUCCCUUCAUCUACCACACCUCUGGUACCUCUACCUAUGACUACAAGCAAAAUUACUUCUGUCACUGAAUCUCGGGAGUCUGUUGAUAUACAGAUCAAGGACGUAGUAAAGCUACCCACAGAUACAGUCAAAUCGACUGAGAAACCCAAGUCCCCAACUGAUUUAGGAAAGACAGUUCUAAAUGAAUAUUCAGACGAUGAGACUGAUGACGAAUUUGGAUCUGUGAAGCCACAAGAAAAGCCCAUUCCGUCAACCACUCCCCUUCUGCUAAUUGCAGACAAACCCAUCAAAAAAUCUGACGAAAUUCCAAAACCACUUACAGACGUAAAAGAUGAUAUGUCGCAUCCUAAAUUAGAUGAGAAACCCAAGAGUCCUCUGGAUGUAUCUAAGAAAACUCCAAAGGACUAUUCUGACGACGAAAGCGAUGAGGAAGUAGGGUUUAAUAAGCCUCAAGAUAAGUUCCCUUCAUCUACCACACCUCUGGUACCUCUACCUAUGACUACAAGCAAAAUUACUUCUGUCACUGAAUCUCGGGAGUCUGUUGAUAUACAGAUCAAACAUGUAGUAAAGCCACCCACAGAUACAGUCAAAUCCAUUGAGAAACCCAAGUCCCCAACUGAUUUAGGAAAGACAGUUCCAAAAGAAUAUUCCGACGAUAAGAGUGAUGACGAAUUUGGAUCUGUGAAGCCACAAGAAAAGCCCAUUCCGUCAACCACUCUCCUUCUGCCAAUUGCAGACAAACCCAUCAAAAAAUCUGACGAAAUUCCAAAACCACUUACAGACGUAAAAGAUGAUAUGUCGCAUCCUAAAUUAGAUGAGAAACCCAAGAGUCCUCUGGAUGUAUCUAAGAAAACUCUAAAGGACUAUUCUGACGACGAAAGCGAUGAGGAAGUAGGGUUUGCUAAACCUCAAGAUAAGCUCCUUUCUACUACCACACCUCUGGUACCUCUAUCUAUGACUACAAGCAAAAUUACUUCUGUCACUGAAUCUCGGGAGUCUGUUGAUAUACAGAUCAAGGACGUAGUAAAGCUACCCACAGAUACAGUCAAAUCCACUGAGAAACCCAAGUCCCCAACUGAUUUAGGAAAGACAGUUCUAAAUGAAUAUUCAGACGAUGAGACUGAUGACGAAUUUGGAUCUGUGAAGCCACAAGAAAAGCCCAUUCCGUCAAUUACUCCCCUUCUGCCAAUUGCAGACAAACCCACCCAAAAAUCUGACGAAAUUCCAAAACCACUUACAGACGUAAAAGAUGAUAAGUCGCAUCCUAAAUUAGAUGAGAGCCCCAAGAGUCCUCUGGAUGUAUCUAAGAAAACUCCAAAGGACUAUUCUGACGACGAAAGCGAUGAGGAAGUAGGGUUUGCUAAACCUCAAGAUAAGCCCCUUUCUACUACCACACCUCUGGUACCUCUAUCUAUGACUACAAGCAAAAUUACUUCUGUCACUGAAUCUCGGGAGUCUGUUGAUAUACAGAUCAAGGACGUAGUAAAGCUACCCACAGAUACAGUCAAAUCGACUGAGAAACCCAAGUCCCCAACUGAUUUAGGAAAGACAGUUCUAAAUGAAUAUUCAGACGAUGAGACUGAUGACGAAUUUGGAUCUGUGAAGCCACAAGAAAAGCCCAUUCCGUCAAUUACUCCCCUUCUGCCAAUUGCAGACAAACCCAUCCAAAAAUCUGACGAAAUUCCAAAACCACUUACAGACGUAAAAGAUGAUAAGUCGCAUCCUAAAUUAGAUGAGAGCCCCAAGAGUCCUCUGGAUGUAUCUAAGAAAACUCCAAAGGACUAUUCUGACGACGAAAGCGAUGAGGAAGUAGGGUUUGCUAAACCUCAAGAUAAGCCCCUCUCAACUACCACACCUCUGGUACCUCUAUCUAUGACUACAAGCAAAAUUACUUCUGUCACUGAAUCUCGGGAGUCUGUUGAUAUACAGAUCAAGGACGUAGUAAAGCCAACCACAGAUACAGUCAUAUCCAUUGAGAAACCCAAGUCCCCAACUGAGUUGGGAAAGACAGUUCCAAAAGAAUUUGGAUCUGUGAAGCCACAAGAAAAGCCCAUUCCGUCAACCACUCCCCUUCUGCCAAUUGCAGACAAACCCAUCCAAAAAUCUGACGAAGUUCCAAAACCACUUACAGACGUAAAAGAUGAGAAAUUAGAUGAGAUACCCAAGAGUCCUCUGGAUGUAUCUAAGAAAACUCCAAAGGACUAUUCUGACGACGAAAGCGAUGAGGAAGUAGGGUUUGCUAAACCUCAAGAUAAGCCCCUCUCAACUACCACACCUCUGGUACCUCUAUCUAUGACUACAAGCAAAAUUACUUCUGUCACUGAAUCUCGGGAGUCUGUUGAUAUACAGAUCAAGGACGUAGUAAAGCCAACCACAGAUACAGUCAUAUCCAUUGAGAAACCCAAGUCCCCAACUGAGUUGGGAAAGACAGUUCCAAAAGAAUUUGGAUCUGUGAAGCCACAAGAAAAGCCCAUUCCGUCAACCACUCCCCUUCUGCCAAUUGCAGACAAACCCAUCCAAAAAUCUGACGAAGUUCCAAAACCACUUACAGACGUAAAAGAUGAGAAAUUAGAUGAGAUACCCAAGAGUCCUCUGGAUGUAUCUAAGAAAACUCCAAAGGACUAUUCUGAUGACGAAAGCGAUGAGGAAGUAGGGUUUGCUAAACCUCAAGAUAAGCCCCUCUCAACUACCACACCUCUGGUACCUCUAUCUAUGACUACAAGCAAAAUUACUUCUGUCACUGAAUCUCGGGAGUCUGUUGAUAUACAGAUCAAGGACGUAGUAAAGCUACCCACAGAUACAGUCAAAUCCACUGAGAAACCCAAGUCCCCAACUGAUUUAGGAAAGACAGUUCCAAAAGAAUAUUCCGACGAUGAGAGUGAUGACGAAUUUGGAUCUGUGAAGCCACAAGAAAAGCCCAUUCCGUCAACCACUCCCCUUCUGCCAAUUGCAGACAAACCCAUCCAAAAAUCUGACGAAAUUCCAAAACCACUUACAGACGUAAAAGAUGAGAAAUUAGAUGAGAAACCCAAGAGUCCUCUGGAUGUAUCUAAGAAAACUCCAAAGGACUAUUCUGACGACGAAAGCGAUGAGGAAGUAGGGUUUGCUAAACCUCAAGAUAAGCCCCUCUCAACUACCACACCUCUGGUACCUCUAUCUAUGACUACAAGCAAAAUUACUUCUGUCACUGAAUCUCGGGAGUCUGUUGAUAUACAGAUCAAGGACGUAGUAAAGCCAACCACAGAUACAGUCAUAUCCAUUGAGAAACCCAAGUCCCCAACUGAGUUGGGAAAGACAGUUCCAAAAGAAUUUGGAUCUGUGAAGCCACAAGAAAAGCCCAUUCCGUCAACCACUCCCCUUCUGCCAAUUGCAGACAAACCCAUCCAAAAAUCUGACGAAAUUCCAAAACCACUUACAGACGUAAAAGAUGAGAAAUUAGAUGAGAAACCCAAGAGUCCUCUGGAUGUAUCUAAGAAAACUCCAAAGGACUAUUCUGACGACGAAAGCGAUGAGGAAGUUGGGUUUGCUAAACCUCAAGAUAAGCCCCUCUCAACUACCACACCUCUGGUACCUCUAUCUAUGACUACAAGCAAAAUUACUUCUGUCACUGAAUCUCGGGAGUCUGUUGAUAUACAGAUCAAGGACGUAGUAAAGCUACCCACAGAUACAGUCAAAUCCACUGAGAAACCCAAGUCCCCAACUGAUUUAGGAAAGACAGUUCCAAAAGAAUAUUCCGACGAUGAGAGUGAUGACGAAUUUGGAUCUGUGAAGCCACAAGAAAAGCCCAUUCCGUCAACCACUCCCCUUCUGCCAAUUGCAGACAAACCCAUCCAAAAAUCUGACGAAAUUCCAAAACCACUUACAGACGUAAAAGAUGAGAAAUUAGAUGAGAAACCCAAGAGUCCUCUGGAUGUAUCUAAGAAAACUCCAAAGGACUAUUCUGACGACGAAAGCGAUGAGGAAGUAGGGUUUGCUAAACCUCAAGAUAAGCCCCUCUCAACUACCACACCUCUGGUACCUCUAUCUAUGACUACAAGCAAAAUUACUUCUGUCACUGAAUCUCGGGAGUCUGUUGAUAUACAGAUCAAGGACGUAGUAAAGCUACCCACAGAUACAGUCAAAUCCACUGAGAAACCCAAGUCCCCAACUGAUUUAGGAAAGACAGUUCCAAAAGAAUAUUCCGACGAUGAGAGUGAUGACGAAUUUGGAUCUGUGAAGCCACAAGAAAAGCCCAUUCCGUCAACCACUCCCCUUCUGCCAAUUGCAAACAAACCCAUCCAAAAAUCUGACGAAGUUCCAAAACCACUUACAGACGUAGAAGAUGAGAAAUUAGAUGAGAACCCCAAGAGUCCUCUGGAUGUAGCUAAGAAAACUCCAAAGGACUAUUCUGACGACGAAAGCGAUGAGGAAGUAGGGUUUGCUAAACCUCAAGAUAAGCCCCUUUCUACUACCACACCUCUGGUACCUCUAUCUAUGACUACAAGCAAAAUUACUUCUGUCACUGAAUCUCGGGAGUCUGUUGAUAUACAGAUCAAGGACGUAGUAAAGCUACCCACAGAUACAGUCAAAUCCACUGAGAAACCCAAGUCCCCAACUGAUUUAGGAAAGACAGUUCUAAAUGAAUAUUCAGACGAUGAGACUGAUGACGAAUUUGGAUCUGUGAAGCCACAAGAAAAGCCCAUUCCGUCAACCACUCCCCUUCUGCCAAUUGCAGACAAACCCAUCCAAAAAUCUGACGAAAUUCCAAAACCACAUACAGACGUAAAAGAUGAUAAGCCGCAUCCUAAAUUAGAUGAGAAACCCAAGAGUCCUCUGGAUGUAUCUAAGAAAACUCCAAAGGACUAUUCUGACGACGAAAGCGAUGAGGAAGUAGGGUUUGCUAAACCUCAAGAUAAGCCCCUCUCAACUACCACACCUCUGGUACCUCUAUCUAUGACUACAAGCAAAAUUACUUCUGUCACUGAAUCUCGGGAGUCUGUUGAUAUACAGAUCAAGGACGUAGUAAAGCCAACCACAGAUACAGUCAUAUCCAUUGAGAAACCCAAGUCCCCAACUGAGUUAGGAAAGACAGUUCCAAAAGAAUUUGGAUCUGUGAAGGCACAAGAAAAGCCCAUUCCGUCAACCACUCCCCUUCUGCCAAUUGCAGACAAACCCAUCCAAAAAUCUGACGAAGUUCCAAAACCACUUACAGACUUAAAAGAUGAGAAAUUAGAUGAGAAACCCAAGAGUCCUCUGGAUGUAUCUAAGAAAACUCCAAAGGACUAUUCUGACGACGAAAGUGAUGAGGAAGUAGGGUUUGCUAAACCUCAAGAUAAGCCCCUCUCAACUACCACACCUCUGGUACCUCUAUCUAUGACUACAAGCAAAAUUACUUCUGUCACUGAAUCUCGGGAGUCUGUUGAUAUACAGAUCAAGGACGUAGUAAAGCUACCCACAGAUACAGUCAAAUCGACUGAGAAACCCAAGUCCCCAACUGAUUUAGGAAAGACAGUUCUAAAUGAAUAUUCAGACGAUGAGACUGAUGACGAAUUUGGAUCUGUGAAGCCACAAGAAAAGCCCAUUCCGUCAACCACUCCCCUUCUGCCAAUUGCAGACAAACCCAUCCAAAAAUCUGACGAAAUUCCAAAACCACUUACAGACGUAAAAGAUGAUAAGUCGCAUCCUAAAUUAGAUGAGAAACCCAAGAGUCCUCUGGAUGUAUCUAAGAAAACUCCAAAGGACUAUUGUGACGACGAAAGCGAUGAGGAAGUAGGGUUUGCUAAACCUCAAGAUAAGCCCCUUUCUACUACCACACCUCUGGUACCUCUAUCUAUGACUACAAGCAAAAUUACUUCUGUCACUGAAUCUCGGGAGUCUGUUGAUAUACAGAUCAAGGACGUAGUAAAGCUACCCACAGAUACAGUCAAAUCCACUGAGAAACCCAAGUCCCCAACUGAUUUAGGAAAGACAGUUCUAAAUGAAUAUUCAGACGAUGAGACUGAUGACGAAUUUGGAUCUGUGAAGCCACAAGAAAAGCCCAUUCCGUCAACCACUCCCCUUCUGCCAAUUGCAAACAAACCCAUCCAAAAAUCUGACGAAGUUCCAAAACCACUUACAGACGUAGAAGAUGAGAAAUUAGAUGAGAACCCCAAGAGUCCUCUGGAUGUAGCUAAGAAAACUCCAAAGGACUAUUCUGACGACGAAAGCGAUGAGGAAGUAGGGUUUGCUAAACCUCAAGAUAAGCCCCUUUCUACUACCACACCUCUGGUACCUCUAUCUAUGACUACAAGCAAAAUUACUUCUGUCACUGAAUCUCGGGAGUCUGUUGAUAUACAGAUCAAGGACGUAGUCAAAUCCAUUGAGAAACCCAAGUCCCCAACUGAUUUAGGAAAGACAGUUCCAAAAGAAUAUUCCGACGAUGAGAGUGAUGACGAAUUUGGAUCUGUGAAGCCACAAGAAAAGCCCAUUCCGUCAACCACUCCCCUUCUGCCAAUUGCAGACAAACCCAUCCAAAAAUCUGACGAAAUUCCAAAACCACUUACAGACGUAAAAGAUGAUAAGCCGCAUCCUAAAUUAGAUGAGAAACCCAAGAGUCCUCUGGAUGAAUCUAAGAAAACUCCAAAGGAUUAUUCUGACGACGAAAGCGAUGAGGAAGUAGGGUUUGAUAAACCUCAAGAUAAGCCCCUUUCUACUACCACACCUCUGGUACCUCUAUCUAUGACUACAAGCAAAAUUACUUCUGUCACUGAAUCUCGGGAGUCUGUUGAUAUACAGAUCAAGGACGUAGUCAAAUCCAUUGAGAAACCCAAGUCCCCAACUGAGUUGGGAAAGACAGUUCCAAAAGAAUAUUCAGACGAUGAAAGUGAUGACGAAUUUGGAUCUGUGAAGCCACAAGAAAAGCCCAUUCCGUCAACCACUCCCCUUCUGCCAAUUGCAGACAAACCCAUCCAAAAAUCUGACGAAAUUCCAAAAGCACUUACAGACGUAAAAGAUGAUAAGCCGCAUCCUAAAUUAGAUGAGAAACCCAAGAAUCCUCUGGAUGUAUCUAAGAAAACUCCAAAGGACUAUUCUGACGACGAAAGCGAUGAGGAAGUAGGGUUUGCUAAACCUCAAGAUAAGCCCCUUUCUACUACCACACCUCUGGUACCUCUAUCUAUGACUACAAGCAAAAUUACUUCUGUCACUGAAUCUCGGGAGUCUGUUGAUAUACAGAUCAAGGACGUAGUAAAGCCAACCACAGAUACAGUCAUAUCCAUUGAGAAACCCAAGUCCCCAACUGAGUUAGGAAAGACAGUUCCAAAAGAAUUUGGAUCUGUGAAGCCACAAGAAAAGCCCAUUCCGUCAACCACUCCCCUUCUGCCAAUUGCAGACAAACCCAUCCAAAAAUCUGACGAAGUUCCAAAACCACUUACAGACGUAAAAGAUGAGAAAUUAGAUGAGAAACCCAAGAGUCCUCUGGAUGUAUCUAAGAAAACUCCAAAGGACUAUUCUGACGACGAAAGCGAUGAGGAAGUAGGGUUUGCUAAACCUCAAGAUAAGCCCCUCUCAACUACCACACCUCUGGUACCUCUAUCUAUGACUACAAGCAAAAUUACUUCUGUCACUGAAUCUCGGGAGUCUGUUGAUAUACAGAUCAAGGACGUAGUAAAGCUACCCACAGAUACAGUCAAAUCCACUGAGAAACCCAAGACCCCAACUGAUUUAGGAAAGACAGUUCCAAAAGAAUAUUCCGACGAUGAGAGUGAUGACGAAUUUGGAUCUGUGAAGCCACAAGAAAAGCCCAUUCCGUCAACCACUCCCCUUCUGCCAAUUGCAGACAAACCCAUCCAAAAAUCUGACGAAAUUCCAAAACCACUUACAGACGUAAAAGAUGAUAAGUCGCAUCCUAAAUUAGAUCAGAAACCCAAGAGUCCUCUGGAUGAAUCUAAGAAAACUCCAAAGGAUUAUUCUGACGACGAAAGCGAUGAGGAAGUAGGGUUUGAUAAACCUCAAGAUAAGCCCCUUUCUACUACCACACCUCUGGUACCUCUAUCUAUGACUACAAGCAAAAUUACUUCUGUCACUGAAUCUCGGGAGUCUGUUGAUAUACAGAUCAAGGACGUAGUCAAAUCCAUUGAGAAACCCAAGUCCCCAACUGAGUUGGGAAAGACAGUUCCAAAAGAAUAUUCAGACGAUGAGAGUGAUGACGAAUUUGGAUCUGUGAAGCCACAAGAAAAGCCCAUUCCGUCAACCACUCCCCUUCUGCCAAUUGCAGACAAACCCAUCCAAAAAUCUGACGAAAUUCCAAAACCACUUACAGACGUAAAAGAUGAUACGUCGCAUCCUAAAUUAGAUGAGAAACCCAAGAGUCCUCUGGAUGUAUCUAAGAAAACUCCAAAGGACUAUUCUGACGACGAAAGCGAUGAGGAAGUAGGGUUUGCUAAACCUCAAGAUAAGCCCCUUUCUACUACCACACCUCUGGUACCUCUAUCUAUGACUACAAGCAAAAUUACUUCUGUCACUGAAUCUCGGGAGUCUGUUGAUAUACAGAUCAAGGACGUAGUAAAGCCACCCACAGAUACAGUCAAAUCCAUUGAGAAACCCAAGUCCCCAACUGAUUUAGGAAAGACAGUUCCAAAAGAAUAUUCCGACGAUGAGACUGAUGACGAAUUUGGAUCUGUGAAGCCACAAGAAAAGCCCAUUCCGUCAACCACUCCCCUUCUGCCAAUUGCAGACAAACCCAUUCAAAAAUCUGACGAAAUUCCAAAACCACUUACAGACGUAAAAGAUGAUAAGCCGCAUCCUAAAUUAGAUGAGAAACCCAAGAGUCCUCUGGAUGUAUCUAAGAAAACUCCAAAGGAUUAUUCUGACGACGAAAGCGAUGAGGAAGUAGGGUUUGAUAAACCUCAACAUAAGCCCCUUUCUACUACCACACCUCUGAUCAAGGACGUAGUAAAGCUACCCACAGAUAAAGUCAAAUCCACUGAGAAACCCAAGUCCCCAACUGAUUUAGGAAAGACAGUUCCAAAAGAAUAUUCCGACGAUGAGAGUGACGACGAAUUUGGAUCUGUGAAGCCACAAGAAAAGCCCAUUCCGUCAAUCACUCCCCUUCUGCCAAUUUCAGACAAACCCAUCCAAAAAUCUGACGAAAUUUCAAAACCACUUACAGACGUAAAAGAUGAUACGUCGCAUCCUAAAUUAGAUGAGAAACCCAAAAGUCCUCUGGAUGUAUCUAAGAAAACUCCAAAGGACUAUUCUGACGACGAAAGCGAUGAGGAAGUAGGGUUUAAUAAGCCUCAAGAUAAGUUCCCUUCAUCUACCACACCUCUGGUACCUCUAUCUAUGACUACAAGCAAAAUUACUUCUGUCACUGAAUCUCGGGAGUCUGUUGAUAUACAGAUCAAGGACGUAGUAAAGCUACCCACAGAUACAGUCAAAUCCAUUGAGAAACCCAAGUCCCCAACUGAGUUAGGAAAGACAGUUCCAAAAGAAUAUUCAGACGAUGAGACUGAUGACGAAUUUGGAUCUGUGAAGCCACAAGAAAAGCCCAUUCCGUCAACCACUCCCCUUCUGCCAAUUGCAGACAAACCCAUUCAAAAAUCUGACGAAAUUCCAAAACCACUUACAGACGUAAAAGAUGAUAAGCCGCAUCCUAAAUUAGAUGAGAAACCCAAGAGUCCUCUGGAUGUAUCUAAGAAAACUCCAAAGGAUUAUUCUGACGACGAAAGCGAUGAGGAAGUAGGGUUUGAUAAACCUCAAGAUAAGCCCCUUUCUACUACCACACCUCUGGUACCUCUAUCUAUGACUACAAGCAAAAUUACUUCUGUUACUGAAUCUCGGGAGUCUGUUGAUAUACAGAUCAAGGACGUAGUAAAGCUACCCACAGAUAAAGUCAAAUCCACUGAGAAACCCAAGUCCCCAACUGAUUUAGGAAAGACAGUUCCAAAAGAAUAUUCCGACGAUGAGAGUGAUGACGAAUUUGGAUCUGUGAAGCCACAAGAAAAGCCCAUUCCGUCAAUCACUCCCCUUCUGCCAAUUUCAGACAAACCCAUCCAAAAAUCUGACGAAAUUUCAAAACCACUUACAGACGUAAAAGAUGAUACGUCGCAUCCUAAAUUAGAUGAGAAACCCAAAAGUCCUCUGGAUGUAUCUAAGAAAACUCCAAAGGACUAUUCUGACGACGAAAGCGAUGAGGAAGUAGGGUUUAAUAAGCCUCAAGAUAAGUUCCCUUCAUCUACCACACCUCUGGUACCUCUAUCUAUGACUACAAGCAAAAUUACUUCUGGCACUGAAUCUCGGGAGUCUGUUGAUAUACAGAUCCAACAUGUAGUAAAGCCACCCACAGAUACAGUCAAAUCCAUUGAGAAACCCAAGUCCCCAACUGAUUUAGGUAAGACAGUUCCAAAAGAAUAUUCAGACGAUGAGACUGAUGACGAAUUUGGAUCUGUGAAGCCACAAGACAAGCCCAUUCCGUCAACCACUCCCCUUCUGCCAAUUGCAGACAAACCCAUCCAAAAAUCUGACGAAAUUCCAAAACCACUUACAGACGUAAAAGAUGAUAAGCCGCAUCCUAAAUUAGAUGAGAAACCCAAGAGUUCUCUGGAUGUAUCUAAGAAAACUCCAAAGGACUAUUCUGACGACGAAAGCGAUGAGGAAGUUGGGUUUAAUAAGCCUCAAGAUAAGUUCCCUUCAUCUACCACACCUCUGGUACCUCUAUCUAUGACGACAAGCAAAAUUACUUCUGGCACUGAAUCUCGGGAGUCUGUUGAUAUACAGAUCAAGGACGUAGUAAAGCUACCCACAGAUACAGUCAAAUCCACUGAGAAACCCACGUCCCCAACUGAGUUAGGAAAGACAGUUCCAAAAGAAUAUUCCGACGAUGAGAGUGAUGACGAAUUUGGAUCUGUGAAGCCACAAGAAAAGCCCAUUCCGUCAACCACUCCCCUUCUGCCAAUUGCAGACAAAGCCAUCCAAAAAUCUGACGAAGUUCCAAAACCACUUACAGACGUAAAAGAUGAUAAGUCGCAUCCUAAAUUAGAUGAGAAACCCAAGAGUCCUCUGGAUGUAUCUAAGAAAACUCCAAAGGACUAUUCUGACGACGAAAGCGAUGAGGAAGUAGGGUUUGCUAAACCUCAAGAUAAGCCCCUCUCAACUACCACACCUCUGGUACCUCUAUCUAUGACUACAAGCAAAAUUACUUCUGUCACUGAAUCUCGGGAGUCUGUUGAUAUACAGAUCAAGGACGUAGUAAAGCCACCCACAGAUACAGUCAAAUCCAUUGAGAAACCCAAGUCCCCAACUGAUUUAGGAAAGACAGUUCCAAAAGAAUAUUCCGACGAUGAGAGUGAUGACGAAUUUGGAUCUGUGAAGCCACAAGAAAAGCCCAUUCCGUCAACCACUCCCCUUCUGCCAAUUGCAGACAAAGCCAUCCAAAAAUCUGACGAAGUUCCAAAACCACUUACAGACGUAAAAGAUGAUAAGUCGCAUCCUAAAUUAGAUGAGAAACCCAAGAGUCCUCUGGAUGUAUCUAAGAAAACUCCAAAGGACUAUUCUGACGACGAAAGCGAUGAGGAAGUAGGGUUUAAUAAGCCUCAAGAUAAGUUCCCUUCAUCUACCACACCUCUGGUACCUCUAUCUAUGACUACAAGCAAAAUUACUUCUGUAACUGAAUCUCGGGAGUCUGUUGAUUUACAGAUCAAGGACGCAGUAAAGCUACACACAGAUACAGUCAAAUCCAUUGAGAAACCCAAGUCCCCAACUGAUUUAGGAAAGACAGUUCCAAAAAAAUAUUCCGACGAUGAGAGUGACGACGAAUUUGGAACUGUGAAGCCACAAGAAAAGCCCAUCCCGUCAACCACUCCCCUUCUGCCAAUUUCAGACAAACCCAUCCAAAAAUCUGACGAAAUUCCAAAACCACUUACAGACGUAAAAGAUGAUAAGUCGCAUCCUAAAUUAGAUGAGAAACCCAAGAGUCCUCUGGAUGUAUCUAAGAAAACUCCAAAGGACUAUUCUGACGACGAAAGCGAUGAGGAAGUAGGGUUUGCUAAACCUCAAGAUAAGCCCCUUUCUACUACCACACCUCUGGUACCUCUAUCUAUGACUACAAGCAAAAUUACUUCUGUCACUGAAUCUCGGGAGUCUGUUGAUAUACAGAUCAAGGACGUAGUAAAGCUACCCACAGAUACAGUCAAAUCCAUUGAGAAACCCAAGUCCCCAACUGAUUUAGGAAAGACAGUUCCAAAAGAAUAUUCAGACGAUGAGACUGAUGACGAAUUUGGAUCUGUGAAGCCACAAGAAAAGCACAUUCCGUCAACCACUCCCAAAUCCAUUGAGAAACCCAAGUCCCCAACUGAGUUAGGAAAGACAGUUCCAAAAGAAUAUUCAGACGAUGAGACUGAUGACGAAUUUGGAUCUGUGAAGCCACAAGACAAGCCCAUUCCGUCAACCACUCCCCUUCUGCCAAUUGCAGACAAACCCAUCCAAAAAGCUGACGAAAUUCCAAAACCACUUACAGACGUAAAAGAUGAUAAGCCGCAUCCUAAAUUAGAUGAGAAACCCAAGAGUCCUCUGGAUGUAUCUAAGAAAACUCCAAAGGACUAUUCUGACGACGAAAGCAAUGAGGAAGUAGGGUUUGCUAAACCUCAAGAUAAGCCCCUUUCUACUACCACACCUCUGGUACCUCUAUCUAUGACUACAAGCAAAAUUACUUCUGUCACUGAAUCUCGGGAGUCUGUUGAUAUACAGAUCAAGGACGUAGUAAAGCCACCCACAGAUACAGUUAAAUCCACUGAGAAACCCAAGUCCCCAACUGAGUUAGGAAAGACAGUUCCAAAAGAAUAUUCAGACGAUGAGACUGAUGACGAAUUUGGAUCUGUGAAGCCACAAGAAAAGCCCAUUCCGUCAACCACUCCCCUUCUGCCAAUUGCAGACAAAGCCAUCCAAAAAUCUGACGAAGUUCCAAAACCACUUACAGACGUAAAAGAUGAUAAGUCGCAUCCUAAAUUAGAUGAGAAACCCAAGAGUCCUCUGGAUGUAUCUAAGAAAACUCCAAAGGACUAUUCUGACGACGAAAGCGAUGAGGAAGUAGGGUUUGCUAAACCUCAAGAUAAGCCCCUUUCUACUACCACACCUCUGGUACCUCUAUCUAUGACUACAAGCAAAAUUACUUCUGUCACUGAAUCUCGGGAGUCUGUUGAUAUACAGAUCAAGGACGUAGUAAAGCCACCCACAGAUACAGUUAAAUCCACUGAGAAACCCAAGUCCCCAACUGAGUUAGGAAAGACAGUUCCAAAAGAAUAUUCAGACGAUGAGACUGAUGACGAAUUUGGAUCUGUGAAGCCACAAGAAAAGCCCAUUCCGUCAACCACUUCCCUUCUGCCAAUUGCAGACAAAGCCAUCCAAAAAUCUGACGAAGUUCCAAAACCACUUACAGACGUAAAAGAUGAUAAGUCGCAUCCUAAAUUAGAUGAGAAACCCAAGAGUCCUCUGGAUGUAUCUAAGAAAACUCCAAAGGACUAUUCUGACGACGAAAGCGAUGAGGAAGUAGGGUUUAAUAAGCCUCAAGAUAAGUUCCCUUCAUCUACCACACCUCUGGUACCUCUAUCUAUGACUACAAGCAAAAUUACUUCUGUAACUGAAUCUCGGGAGUCUGUUGAUAUACAGAUCAAGGACGCAGUAAAGCUACACACAGAUACAGUCAAAUCCAUUGAGAAACCCAAGUCCCCAACUGAUUUAGGAAAGACAGUUCCAAAAAAAUAUUCCGACGAUGAGAGUGACGACGAAUUUGGAACUGUGAAGCCACAAGAAAAGCCCAUCCCGUCAACCACUCCCCUUCUGCCAAUUUCAGACAAACCCAUCCAAAAAUCUGACGAAAUUCCAAAACCACUUACAGACGUAAAAGAUGAUAAGUCGCAUCCUAAAUUAGAUGAGAAACCCAAGAGUCCUCUGGAUGUAUCUAAGAAAACUCCAAAGGACUAUUCUGACGACGAAAGCGAUGAGGAAGUAGGGUUUGCUAAACCUCAAGAUAAGCCCCUUUCUACUACCACACCUCUGGUACCUCUAUCUAUGACUACAAGCAAAAUUACUUCUGUCACUGAAUCUCGGGAGUCUGUUGAUAUACAGAUCAAGGACGUAGUAAAGCUACCCACAGAUACAGUCAAAUCCAUUGAGAAACCCAAGUCCCCAACUGAUUUAGGAAAGACAGUUCCAAAAGAAUAUUCAGACGAUGAGACUGAUGACGAAUUUGGAUCUGUGAAGCCACAAGAAAAGCACAUUCCGUCAACCACUCCCAAAUCCAUUGAGAAACCCAAGUCCCCAACUGAGUUAGGAAAGACAGUUCCAAAAGAAUAUUCAGACGAUGAGACUGAUGACGAAUUUGGAUCUGUGAAGCCACAAGACAAGCCCAUUCCGUCAACCACUCCCCUUCUGCCAAUUGCAGACAAACCCAUCCAAAAAGCUGACGAAAUUCCAAAACCACUUACAGACGUAAAAGAUGAUAAGCCGCAUCCUAAAUUAGAUGAGAAACCCAAGAGUCCUCUGGAUGUAUCUAAGAAAACUCCAAAGGACUAUUCUGACGACGAAAGCAAUGAGGAAGUAGGGUUUGCUAAACCUCAAGAUAAGCCCCUUUCUACUACCACACCUCUGGUACCUCUAUCUAUGACUACAAGCAAAAUUACUUCUGUCACUGAAUCUCGGGAGUCUGUUGAUAUACAGAUCAAGGACGUAGUAAAGCUACCCACAGAUACAGUCAAAUCCAUUGAGAAACCCAAGUCCCCAACUGAUUUAGGAAAGACAGUUCCAAAAGAAUAUUCAGACGAUGAGACUGAUGACGAAUUUGGAUCUGUGAAGCCACAAGAAAAGCCCAUUCCGUCAACCACUCCCCUUCUGCCAAUUGCAGACAAACCCAUCCAAAAAUCUGACGAAAUUCCAAAACCACUUACAGACGUAAAAGAUGAGAAAUUAGAUGAGAAACCCAAGAGUCCUCUGGAUGUAUCUAAGAAAACUCCAAAGGACUAUUCUGACGACGAAAGCGAUGAGGAAGUAGGGUUUGCUAAACCUCAAGAUAAGCCCCUUUCUACUACCACACCUCUGGUACCUCUAUCUAUGACUACAAGCAAAAUUACUUCUGUCACUGAAUCUCGGGAGUCUGUUGAUAUACAGAUCAAGGACGUAGUAAAGCUACCCACAGAUACAGUCAAAUCCAUUGAGAAACCCAAGUCCCCAACUGAUUUAGGAAAGACAGUUCCAAAAGAAUAUUCAGACGAUGAGACUGAUGACGAAUUUGGAUCUGUGAAGCCACAAGAAAAGCCCAUUCCGUCAACCACUCCCCUUCUGCCAAUUGCAGACAAACCCAUCCAAAAAUCUGACGAAAUUCCAAAACCACUUACAGACGUAAAAGAUGAUAAGCCUCAUCCUAAAUUAGAUGAGAAACCCAAGAGUCCUCUGGAUGUAUCUAAGAAAACUCCAAGGGACUAUUCUGACGACGAAAGCGAUGAGGAAGUAGGGUUUAAUAAGCCUCAAGAUAAGUUCCCUUCAUCUACCACACCUCUGCUACCUCUAUCUAUGACUACAAGCAAAAUUACUUCUGUCACUGAAUCUCGGGAGUCUGUUGAUAUACAUAUCAAGGACGUAGUAAAGCUACCCACAGAUACAGUCAAAUCCACUGAGAAACCCAAGUCCCCAACUGAUUUAGGAAAGACAGUUUCAAAAGAAUAUUCAGACGAUGAGACUGAUGACGAAUUUGGAUCUGUGAAGCCACAAGACAAGCCCAUUCCGUCAACCACUCCCCUUCUGCCAAUUGCAGACAAACCCAUCCAAAAAUCUGACGAAAUUCCAAAACCACUUACAGACGUAAAAGAUGAUAAGCCGCAUCCUAAAUUAGAUGAGAAACCCAAGAGUCCUCUGGAUGUAUCUAAGAAAACUCCAAAGGACUAUUCUGACGACGAAAGCGAUGAGGAAGUAGGGUUUGCUAAACCUCAAGAUAAGCCCCUUUCUACUACCACACCUCUGGUACCUCUAUCUAUGACUACAAGCAAAAUUACUUCUGUCACUGAAUCUCGGGAGUCUGUUGAUAUACAGAUCAAGGACAUAGUAAAGCUACCCACAGAUACAGUCAAAUCCAUUGAGAAGCCCAAGUCCCCAACUGAUUUAGGAAAGACAGUUCCAAAAGAAUAUUCCGACGAUGAGACUGAUGACGAAUUUGGAUCUGUGAAGCUACAAGACAAGCCCAUUCCGUCAACCACUCCCCUUCUGCCAAUUUCAGACAAACCCAUCCAAAAAUCUGACGAAAUUCCAAAACCACUUACAGACGUAAAAGAUGAUAAGCCGCAUCCUAAAUUAGAUGAGAAACCCAAGAGUCCUCUGGAUGUAUCUAAGAAAACUCCAAAGGACUAUUCUGACGACGAAAGCGAUGAGGAAGUAGGGUUUGCUAAACCUCAAGAUAAGCCCCUUUCUACUACCACACCUCUGGUACCUCUAUCUAUGACUACAAGCAAAAUUACUUCUGUCACUGAGUCUACAGUUCCAAAAGAAUAUUCCGACGAUGAGAGUGAUGACGAAUUUGGAUCUGUGAAGACACAAGAAAAGCCCAUUCCGUCAACCACUCCCCUUCUGCCAAUUGCAGACAAACCCAUCCAAAUAUCUGACGAAAUUUCAAAACCACUUACAGACGUAAAAGAUGAUAAGCCGCAUCCUAAAUUAGAUGAGAAACCCAAGAGUCCUCUGGAUGUAUCUAAGAAAACUCCAAGGGACUAUUCUGACGACGAAAGCGAUGAGGAAGUAGGGUUUAGUAAGCCUCAAGAUAAGUUCCUUUCAUCUACCACACCUCUGGUACCUCUAUCUAUGACUACAAGCAAAAUUACUUCUGUCAGUGAAUCUCGGGAGACUGUUGAUAUACAGAUCAAGGACGUAGUAAAGCUACCCACAGAUACAGUCAAAUCCACUGAGAAACCCACGUCCCCAACUGAGUUAGGAAAGACAGUUCCAAAAGAAUAUUCAGACGAUGAGACUGAUGACGAAUUUGGAUCUGUGAAGACACAAGAAAAGCCCAUUCCGUCAACCACUCCCCUUCUGCCAAUUGCAGACAAACGCAUCCAAACAUCUGACGAAAUUUCAAAACCACUUACAGACGUAAAAGAUGAUAAGCCGCAUCCUAAAUUAGAUGAGAAACCCAAGAGUCCUCUGGAUGUAUCUAAGAAAACUCCAAAGGACUAUUCUGACGACGAAAGCGAUGAGGAAGUAGGGUUUGCUAAACCUCAAGAUAAGCCCCUUUCUACUACCACACCUCUGGUACCUCUAUCUAUGACUACAAGCAAAAUUACUUCUGUCACUGAAUCUCGGGAGUCUGUUGAUAUACAGAUCAAGGACGUAGUAAAGCUACCCACAGAUACAGUCAAAUCCAUUGAGAAACCCAAGUCCCCAACUGAUUUAGGAAAGACAGUUCCAAAAGAAUAUUCAGACGAUGAGACUGAUGACGAAUUUGGAUCUGUGAAGCCACAAGAAAAGCCCAUUCCGUCAACCACUCCCCUUCUGCCAAUUGCAGAAAAACCCAUCCAAAAACCUGACGAAAUUUCAAAACCACUUACAGACGUAAAAGAUGAUAAGUCGCAUCCUAAAUUAGAUGAGAAACCCAAGAGUCCUCUGGAUGUGUCUAAGAAAACUCCAAAGGACCAUUCUGACGACGAAAGCGAUGAGGAAACAGUUCCAAAAGAAUAUUCCGACGAUGAGAGUGAUGACGAAUUUGGAUCUGUGAAGACACAAGAAAAGCCCAUUCCGUCAACCACUCCCCUUCUGCCAAUUGCAGACAAACCCAUCCAAAAAUCUGACGAAAUUUCAAAACCACUUACAGACGUAAAAGAUGAUAAGCCGCAUCCUAAAUUAGAUGAGAAACCCAAGAGUCCUCUGGAUGUAUCUAAGAAAACUCCAAGGGACUAUUCUGACGACGAAAGCGAUGAGGAAGUAGGGUUUAGUAAGCCUCAAGAUAAGUUCCUUUCAUCUACCACACCUCUGGUACCUCUAUCUAUGACUACAAGCAAAAUUACUUCUGUCAGUGAAUCUCGGGAGACUGUUGAUAUACAGAUCAAGGACACACAAGAAAAGCCCAUUCCGUCAACCACUCCCCUUCUGCCAAUUGCAGACAAACGCAUCCAAACAUCUGACGAAAUUUCAAAACCACUUACAGACGUAAAAGAUGAUAAGCCGCAUCCUAAAUUAGAUGAGAAACCCAAGAGUCCUCUGGAUGUAUCUAAGAAAACUCCAAAGGACUAUUCUGACGACGAAAGCGAUGAGGAAGUAGGGUUUAAUAAGCCUCAAGAUAAGUUCCCUUCAUCUACCACACCUCUGACAGUUCCAAAAGAAUAUUCAGACGAUGAGACUGAUGAAGAAUUUGGAUCUGUGAAGCCACAAGACAAGACCAUUCCGUCAACCACUCCCCUUCUGCCAAUUGCAGACAAACCCAUCCAAAAAUCUGACGAAAUUCCAAAACCACUUACAGACGUAAAAGAUGAUAAGCCGCAUCCUAAAUUAGAUGAGAAACCCAAGAGUCCUCUGAAUGUAUCUAAGAAAACUCCAAAGGACUAUUCUGACGACGAAAGCGAUGAGGAAGUAGGGUUUGCUAAACCUCAAGAUAAGCCCCUUUCUACUACCACACCUCUGGUACCUCUAUCUAUGACUACAAGCAAAAUUACUUCUGUCACUGAAUCUCGGGAGUCUGUUGAUAUACAGAUCAAGGACAUAGUAAAGCUACCCACAGAUACAGUCAAAUCCAUUGAGAAGCCCAAGUCCCCAACUGAUUUAGGAAAGACAGUUCCAAAAGAAUAUUCCGACGAUGAGACUGAUGACGAAUUUGGAUCUGUGAAGCCACAAGACAAGCCCAUUCCGUCAACCACUCCCCUUCUGCCAAUUUCAGACAAACCCAUCCAAAAAUCUGACGAAAUUCCAAAACCACUUACAGACGUAAAAGAUGAUAAGCCGCAUCCUAAAUUAGAUGAGAAACCCAAGAGUCCUCUGGAUGUAUCUAAGAAAACUCCAAAGGACUAUUCUGACGACGAAAGCGAUGAGGAAGUAGGGUUUGCUAAACCUCAAGAUAAGCCCCUUUCUAUUACCACACCUCUGGUACCUCUAUCUAUGACUACAAGCAAAAUUACUUCUGUCACUGAAUCUCGGGAGUCUGUUGAUAUACAGAUCAAGGACGUAGUAAAGCUACCCACAGAUACAGUCGAAUCCAUUGAGAAACCCAAGUCCCCAACUGAUUUAGGAAAGACAGUUCCAAAAGAAUAUUCAGACGAUGAGACUGAUGACGAAUUUGGAUCUGUGAAGCCACAAGAAAAGCCCAUUCCGUCAACCACUCCCCUUCUGCCAAUUGCAGAAAAACCCAUCCAAAAACCUGACGAAAUUUCAAAACCACUUACAGACGUAAAAGAUGAUAAGCCGCAUCCUAAAUUAGAUGAGAAACCCAAGAGUCCUCUGGAUGUGUCUAAGAAAACUCCAAAGGACUAUUCUGACGACGAAAGCGAUGAGGAAGUAGGGUUUAAUAAGCCUCAAGAUAAGUUCCCUUCAUCUACCACACCUCUGCUACCUCUAUCUAUGACUACAAGCAAAAUUACUUCUGUCACUGAAUCUCGGGAGUCUGUUGAUAUACAGAUCAAGGACGUAGUAAAGCUACCCUCAGAUACAGUCAAAUCCAUUGAGAAACCCAAGUCCCCAACUGAUUUAGGAAAGACAGUUCCAAAAGAAUAUUCCGACGAUGAGACUGAUGACGAAUUUGGAUCUGUGAAGCCACAAGAAAAGCCCAUUCCGUCAACCACUCCCCUUCUGCCAAUUGCAGACAAACCCAUCCAAAAAUCUGACGAAAUUCCAAAACCACUUACAGACGUAAAAGAUGAUAAGUCGCAUCCUAAAUUAGAUGAGAAACCCAAGAGUCCUCUGGAUGUAUCUAAGAAAACUCCAAAGGACUAUUCUGACGACGAAAGCGAUGAGGAAGUAGGGUUUGCUAAACCUCAAGAUAAGCCCCUUUCUACUACCACACCUCUGGUACCUCUAUCUAUGACUACAAGCAAAAUUACUUCUGUCACUGAAUCUCGGGAGUCUGUUGAUAUACAGAUCAAGGACGUAGUAAAGCUACCCACAGAUACAGUCAAAUCCAUUGAGAAACCCAAGUCCCCAACUGAUUUAGGAAAGACAGUUCCAAAAGAAUAUUCCGACGAUGAGAGUGAUGACGAAUUUGGAUCUGUGAAGACACAAGAAAAGCCCAUUCCGUCAACCACUCCCCUUCUGCCAAUUGCAGACAAACCCAUCCAAAAAUCUGACGAAAUUUCAAAACCACUUACAGACGUAAAAGAUGAUAAGCCGCAUCCUAAAUUAGAUGAGAAACCCAAGAGUCCUCUGGAUGUAUCUAAGAAAACUCCAAGGGACUAUUCUGACGACGAAAGCGAUGAGGAAGUAGGGUUUAGUAAGCCUCAAGAUAAGUUCCUUUCAUCUACCACACCUCUGGUACCUCUAUCUAUGACUACAAGCAAAAUUACUUCUGUCACUGAAUCUCGGGAGUCUGUUGAUAUACAGAUCAAGGACGUAGUAAAGCCACCCACAGAUACAGUCAAAUCCACUGAGAAACCCACGUCCCCAACUGAGUUAGGAAAGACAGUUCCAAAAGAAUAUUCAGACGAUGAGACUGAUGACGAAUUUGGAUCUGUGAAGACACAAGAAAAGCCCAUUCCGUCAACCACUCCCCUUCUGCCAAUUGCAGACAAACCCAUCCAAAAAUCUGACGAAAUUUCAAAACCACUUACAGACGUAAAAGAUGAUAAGCCGCAUCCUAAAUUAGAUGAGAAACCCAAGAGUCCUCUGGAUGUAUCUAAGAAAACUCCAAAGGACUAUUCUGACGACGAAAGCGAUGAGGAAGUAGGGUUUGCUAAACCUCAAGAUAAGCCCCUUUCUACUACCACACCUCUGGUACCUCUAUCUAUGACUACAAGCAAAAUUACUUCUGUCACUGAAUCUCGGGAGUCUGUUGAUAUACAGAUCAAGGACGUAGUAAAGCUACCCACAGAUACAGUCAAAUCCAUUGAGAAACCCAAGUCCCCAACUGAUUUAGGAAAGACAGUUCCAAAAGAAUAUUCCGACGAUGAGAGUGAUGACGAAUUUGGAUCUGUGAAGACACAAGAAAAGCCCAUUCCGUCAACCACUCCCCUUCUGCCAAUUGCAGACAAACCCAUCCAAAAAUCUGACGAAAUUUCAAAACCACUUACAGACGUAAAAGAUGAUAAGCCGCAUCCUAAAUUAGAUGAGAAACCCAAGAGUCCUCUGGAUGUAUCUAAGAAAACUCCAAGGGACUAUUCUGACGACGAAAGCGAUGAGGAAGUAGGGUUUAGUAAGCCUCAAGAUAAGUUCCUUUCAUCUACCACACCUCUGGUACCUCUAUCUAUGACUACAAGCAAAAUUACUUCUGUCACUGAAUCUCGGGAGUCUGUUGAUAUACAGAUCAAGGACGUAGUAAAGCCACCCACAGAUACAGUCAAAUCCACUGAGAAACCCACGUCCCCAACUGAGUUAGGAAAGACAGUUCCAAAAGAAUAUUCAGACGAUGAGACUGAUGACGAAUUUGGAUCUGUGAAGACACAAGAAAAGCCCAUUCCGUCAACCACUCCCCUUCUGCCAAUUGCAGACAAACCCAUCCAAAAAUCUGACGAAAUUUCAAAACCACUUACAGACGUAAAAGAUGAUAAGCCGCAUCCUAAAUUAGAUGAGAAACCCAAGAGUCCUCUGGAUGUAUCUAAGAAAACUCCAAAGGACUAUUCUGACGACGAAAGCGAUGAGGAAGUAGGGUUUGCUAAACCUCAAGAUAAGCCCCUUUCUACUACCACACCUCUGGUACCUCUAUCUAUGACUACAAGCAAAAUUACUUCUGUCACUGAAUCUCGGGAGUCUGUUGAUAUACAGAUCAAGGACGUAGUAAAGCUACCCACAGAUACAGUCAAAUCCAUUGAGAAACCCAAGUCCCCAACUGAUUUAGGAAAGACAGUUCCAAAAGAAUAUUCCGACGAUGAGAGUGAUGACGAAUUUGGAUCUGUGAAGACACAAGAAAAGCCCAUUCCGUCAACCACUCCCCUUCUGCCAAUUGCAGACAAACCCAUCCAAAAAUCUGACGAAAUUUCAAAACCACUUACAGACGUAAAAGAUGAUAAGCCGCAUCCUAAAUUAGAUGAGAAACCCAAGAGUCCUCUGGAUGUAUCUAAGAAAACUCCAAGGGACUAUUCUGACGACGAAAGCGAUGAGGAAGUAGGGUUUAGUAAGCCUCAAGAUAAGUUCCCUUCAUCUACCACACCUCUGCUACCUCUAUCUAUGACUACAAGCAAAAUUACUUCUGUCACUGAAUCUCGGGAGUCUGUUGAUAUACAGAUCAAGGACGUAGUAAAGCCACCCACAGAUACAGUCAAAUCCAUUGAGAAACCCAAGUCCCCAACUGAUUUAGGAAAGACAGUUCCAAAAGAAUAUUCAGACGAUGAGACUGAUGAAGAAUUUGGAUCUGUGAAGCCACAAGACAAGACCAUUCCGUCAACCACUCCCCUUCUGCCAAUUGCAGACAAACCCAUCCAAAAAUCUGACGAAAUUCCAAAACCACUUACAGACGUAAAAGAUGAUAAGCCGCAUCCUAAAUUAGAUGAGAAACCCAAGAGUCCUCUGGAUGUAUCUAAGAAAACUCCAAAGGACUAUUCUGACGACGAAAGCGAUGAGGAAGUAGGGUUUGCUAAACCUCAAGAUAAGCCCCUUUCUACUACCACACCUCUGGUACCUCUAUCUAUGACUACAAGCAAAAUUACUUCUGUCACUGAAUCUCGGGAGUCUGUUGAUAUACAGAUCAAGGACGUAGUAAAGCUACCCACAGAUACAGUCAAAUCCAUUGAGAAACCCAAGUCCCCAACUGAUUUAGGAAAGACAGUUCCAAAAGAAUAUUCCGACGAUGAGAGUGAUGACGAAUUUGGAUCUGUGAAGACACAAGAAAAGCCCAUUCCGUCAACCACUCCCCUUCUGCCAAUUGCAGACAAACCCAUCCAAAAAUCUGACGAAAUUUCAAAACCACUUACAGACGUAAAAGAUGAUAAGCCGCAUCCUAAAUUAGAUGAGAAACCCAAGAGUCCUCUGGAUGUAUCUAAGAAAACUCCAAGGGACUAUUCUGACGACGAAAGCGAUGAGGAAGUAGGGUUUAGUAAGCCUCAAGAUAAGUUCCCUUCAUCUACCACACCUCUGCUACCUCUAUCUAUGACUACAAGCAAAAUUACUUCUGUCACUGAAUCUCGGGAGUCUGUUGAUAUACAGAUCAAGGACGUAGUAAAGCCACCCACAGAUACAGUCAAAUCCAUUGAGAAACCCAAGUCCCCAACUGAGUUAGGAAAGACAGUUCCAAAAGAAUAUUCAGACGAUGAGACUGAUGAAGAAUUUGGAUCUGUGAAGCCACAAGACAAGACCAUUCCGUCAACCACUCCCCUUCUGCCAAUUGCAGACAAACCCAUCCAAAAAUCUGACGAAAUUCCAAAACCACUUACAGACGUAAAAGAUGAUAAGCCGCAUCCUAAAUUAGAUGAGAAACCCAAGAGUCCUCUGGAUGUAUCUAAGAAAACUCCAAAGGACUAUUCUGACGACGAAAGCGAUGAGGAAGUAGGGUUUGCUAAACCUCAAGAUAAGCCCCUUUCUACUACCACACCUCUGGUACCUCUAUCUAUGACUACAAGCAAAAUUACUUCUGUCACUGAAUCUCGGGAGUCUGUUGAUAUACAGAUCAAGGACGUAGUAAAGCUACCCACAGAUACAGUCAAAUCCAUUGAGAAACCCAAGUCCCCAACUGAUUUAGGAAAGACAGUUCCAAAAGAAUAUUCCGACGAUGAGAGUGAUGACGAAUUUGGAUCUGUGAAGACACAAGAAAAGCCCAUUCCGUCAACCACUCCCCUUCUGCCAAUUGCAGACAAACCCAUCCAAAAAUCUGACGAAAUUUCAAAACCACUUACAGACGUAAAAGAUGAUAAGCCGCAUCCUAAAUUAGAUGAGAAACCCAAGAGUCCUCUGGAUGUAUCUAAGAAAACUCCAAAGGACUAUUCUGACGACGAAAGCGAUGAGGAAGUAGGGUUUAAUAAGCCUCAAGAUAAGUUCCCUUCAUCUACCACACCUCUGGUACCUCUAUCUAUGACUACAAGCAAAAUUACUUCUGUCACUGAAUCUCGGGAGUCUGUUGAUAUACAGAUCAAGGACGUAGUAAAGCCACCCACAGAUACAGUCAAAUCCAUUGAGAAACCCAAGUCCCCAACUGAUUUAGGAAAGACAGUUCCAAAAGAAUAUUCAGACGAUGAGACUGAUGAAGAAUUUGGAUCUGUGAAGCCACAAGACAAGACCAUUCCGUCAACCACUCCCCUUCUGCCAAUUGCAGACAAACCCAUCCAAAAAUCUGACGAAAUUCCAAAACCACUUACAGACGUAAAAGAUGAGAAAUUAGAUGAGAAACCCAAGAGUCCUCUGGAUGUAUCUAAGAAAACUCCAAAGGACUAUUCUGACGACGAAAGCGAUGAGGAAGUAGGGUUUGCUAAACCUCAAGAUAAGCCCCUUUCUACUACCACACCUCUGGUACCUCUAUCUAUGACUACAAGCAAAAUUACUUCUGUCACUGAAUCUCGGGAGUCUGUUGAUAUACAGAUCAAGGACGUAGUAAAGCUACCCACAGAUACAGUCAAAUCCAUUGAGAAACCCAAGUCCCCAACUGAUUUAGGAAAGACAGUUCCAAAAGAAUAUUCCGACGAUGAGAGUGAUGACGAAUUUGGAUCUGUGAAGACACAAGAAAAGCCCAUUCCGUCAACCACUCCCCUUCUGCCAAUUGCAGACAAACCCAUCCAAAAAUCUGACGAAAUUUCAAAACCACUUACAGACGUAAAAGAUGAUAAGCCGCACCCUAAAUUAGAUGAGAAACCCAAGAGUCCUCUGGAUGUAUCUAAGAAAACUCCAAAGGACUAUUCUGACGACGAAAGCGAUGAGGAAGUAGGGUUUAAUAAGCCUCAAGAUAAGUUCCCUUCAUCUACCACACCUCUGGUACCUCUAUCUAUGACUACAAGCAAAAUUACUUCUGUCACUGAAUCUCGGGAGUCUGUUGAUAUACAGAUCAAGGACGUAGUAAAGCUACCCACAGAUACAGUCAAAUCCAUUGAGAAACCCAAGUCCCCAACUGAUUUAGGAAAGACAGUUCCAAAAGAAUAUUCAGACGAUGAGACUGAUGACGAAUUUGGAUCUGUGAAGACACAAGAAAAGCCCAUUCCGUCAACCACUCCCCUUCUGCCAAUUGCAGACAAACCCAUCCAAAAAUCUGACGAAAUUCCAAAACCACUUACAGACGUAAAAGAUGAUAAGCCGCAUCCUAAAUUAGAUGAGAAACCCAAGAGUCCUCUGGAUGUAUCUAAGAAAACUCCAAAGGACUAUUCUGACGACGAAAGCGAUGAGGAAGUAGGGUUUGCUAAACCUCAAGAUAAGCCCCUUUCUACUACCACACCUCUGGUACCUCUAUCUAUGACUACAAGCAAAAUUACUUCUGUCACUGAGUCUCGGGAGUCUGUUGAUAUACAGAUCAAAGACGUAGUCAGCUUGCCAACAGAUUCAGUGAAACUUGCCGCGAAGCCCCAGUCCUCAGAAACAAAGAUUCAUUUAGGAGGAGAAAUACAUGAUCAUUUUGGAAAUGUUGUGCCACAAGACAAUCCGUAUUCGUUAACAAUGCCUCUGUGUCCAAUAUCGGGAAGCCUAAUACCUUUAAAUCAAUCUGAACAACCAGUAGACAAAUUAGUAUCUGAAGCAGCUACUGAUUUGUAUGAUACAAGAUCAGUACAACAAAUAGUUGAAGAAACUUUAAGAGCUGGUGAUGAGGAAGCAGAGAAAAUUGUUAAUGCCACUCUGAAAAGUUUGCAGGUAAACCAUGAAUUAGAUCAUAAAGAUUAUAUAUUAACUGAAUUUGCUGACAAUGAGCGAUCAGUCGAAGAAAUUGUGGAAGAUACAUUGAAAAAUGCAAAUAUUAUAGUAGGAGAAAAAACUCAGGUAAUUAAUCAGGAAAAAGAUGAUUUAGUUUCGCAGGACAGAAAGAAUGUUGAGUACAAAGAAGUUCGACCUGUAGCAUAUUUUGUGAAGUUGGACGAUAAAAAUAUAGAUGUAGUACCCACUAAAAAGAAAGAAACAAGGACCCCAAUUACAAAACCAAAACCAAUAAGCAAUGUCAGUGCGAAAUCGACGGCAACUGCAAUACUAAAACCACAGACUAAAAAACAAAUAGAUAAUAAGGAAAAGUCGAAGACAAUACAAAAGAAAGCUCCACUUACACAACCAAAAGCCGCAAAAGCCCCAAGCAAACAAAUAGGACCAAACAAGCCAAUAUCAAUUGACUCACAGAAGGUUGCUAGAAAAACCGAAUCGAGAAGAUCAGUGACAAGUUCUGUUUCAACAACGACAAGUUCAGCAUCGGCUACUAGUCGAGUCAUAAGUGAAAUUCACUUUGAAAGAUCUUCAAGUCCUGCUUCAAGUUCAAUAUUUUAUGAAAGCCAUCCCCAAGGCGAUCAUAGUCGCUCCACAACGCCUAAGCCUAGGGUGAAAACAGAUGUCACUAAAAUACCAUACAAUACCUCAAUACGCUCGUCAAGUCCAUCAACCAAAGCCACAAAAGCGUCAAAAACGACUUCCAUAAAACAAAACGUAAAAGUAGUUAAUGUAAAACUAAAGAAAGAAAGCACCUCAAAACUAAAAGUUGCGGAAGACAAGCGAACAAAAACGCCAACUCCGUCUACCACACACCGAUAUAUGCAGCCAACUUUAGCCCACAGUAUGCGAUAUGGCCUGAAUGCCGAUAGUGAAAGCCGAAGUGUGACUCCGGCUCCACCGAAAUCACCAGCACCGCCAAAAUCUCCAGCUCCAACACAAUCGAAUCGACAAAGUGUAUAUAAAACAAAGAGUAUGACAAGUGCCUUGACAAAAAACUCGUCAAUAGAUCAAAAACAAAAGAAAUUGAAUACAGAAAAGCCUUUAGCUUUGACCAAGAGAGGCUCCCACAGCGAAAGUAGGGAGUCAUUAAAGAGUACAGAUCGCCUUUACAAAAGACAAACAUCCAAAGAGAAUAAACAAACAAACGUGAUAGGCUCCAAGAGCCAAAUAACUAAAAGCAUGAAGACACAAUCAGCUAAUGCAACUAAAUCCAUUGUCUACAGAACUUCCAUAGAAUCUGAUAACAAAAACCUACAGAAGAAAACUACAACAACUAUGCAACAACGCACCAAAGUUCCAAUUAGCGUGUCUUCCGUAACAACAAGAACUUCAUCUAAGCUAAGCAACAAAAGUGAUGAAACCGUUUUAAGACCUCAGAUAGACAAUAAGAAAAUCGUUAGGAAGACAGUAAGCAAAGUAAGUGAGGGAAGCAACAAAACCAUACGCAGUUCCAUAGAACCGAAACUACAAAAACAGAUGAAGGACACAAUGAACGAGUCGAGCACUUCCGCCAGUGGCAGUACCAGUGCCAGUGGGUCCUCCAACAGCACCAGGCGCAGCGUACGUUCCGUGAUGGUCAGCCGUAAGACUGACAAAGAGAAGACCAAUAUGAAGCUAUCAGCAGAACAGAAGGUGGCCACAACGACAUCGACAUCGACAGUGCGUGUUCACAAGGCACCGACAGCCACAACCAGCGCGGUUAGCACCGUGCUCGUUGAUGACGACUCCGAGGUGAUAACCAUACGAUCCAUUAAAUCAAGUGAUAGUACAAAAAGCUCUACCUCAUCAUCCUCUGGUAGCGGCAGCAACAGUCGCAAGGUGCUAACCAGCGAGGUUUUCACUAAGACUUUCGGCCCCGACAAACCCCUGGAAGUGAUCUACCGCCAGCCCGAUUUUGAUGGAGAACAUCAUACAUCAAUUGGAAUGCGUCCGCAAUCCACAAAUGAACAACAGCGCUAUGUCAACGAGUUUGAUGUCAGCUUUAUAGAUACCACCGAUUCCAGUCUCUCCGACUCUGUUGCACUGCCCAUUUUUGGCGCUGGUGAUCCGGAGCGCUUGCAGGCCGCCAGCCCUGGUUCGCCAAAGCCAACUCGUAGUCCCUUAGCCUUAAUUGAGGAAACAUUGCGACGCCACCAUCAGCAUCAGCACACCCAUAUAGGUCCAUCGGGCAGUGCAGUAGAAACUACGCAACAAUUGCAUGCCGAGAGCGGCAGCAUUGUGGCGGUGAGUGAGAGUCGACAAAAGAAAGAGACGGAGAAAUACUGCACAUCCAAAGAAGGCCUUACAAAAACAACAAUUGCCCCAACUAUUCUGCAUACAGAGAAUAUUUCUCAUACAUUUGGUGAUCUUAAGGUUGGUGAAGGUGAUGAUGGCGAAGAUGAUAAUCGUGUGGCACGCAUACGCGAGGAAGCCAAAAUUCUAGUCGACAAUGUGCUCGAAGAGAGUGUCGAUUUCAUUGAGAGCCAAGGGGAACAGCCCAAUGGCCAUGAUUUCAUAAAACACGAAUACAAUUCUGAGAGUGAGAAUUAUGCUAUCACAUGCGACGAUAUUGUCGGCGUCGAUGUCAUCAAGUCGCCAACUAUUGAGUCCAUGUCGGGCAAAUCAUUUGAUGAUAAUAUGAGUUUCACUGAUGAGCAUAUUAGUUUACCCUUGCAUGCCCAAAACAUAACAGCAACAACAACUACAACAAUAACAACGCAAUUCCAACAACAACAACAGCAACAACAGCCACUAGCCUCAUCAGCAGCAAAAGCACAGCAUAGUCCGUUAAAUUUAAUCAUUAUCCUGUAUUCUUUGUAUGUUUGCUACCCGUUGAUCAUGUGUCAUCCCCAAAAAUACUUACGAAUCAUGUAUGUAGUGCCUAGUGAAGGGGAAGAUCAAAUGGAGGUGCGUACCAGACGCAUCGAGCAUAAGAUCGAAAAACUAUCCGCUGAUGUAGACGAUGUCAGCGCCCGAUUCGAUGAGGCAUUCGAAACGGUUGUACAAGACGACGAGAUAAGUGCCCUGCAGGGCGAAUACUCGAAGCUCAGUUGGGAUGACAGUGUUUCGCCCACAACUAACACAAUGGCCGAUAUGGCACAGACCCAAUUAACGCCCGAUAAUGAUAUACAAGAAUUGACUACAGAAACAGGCGGCGAUUUACCAAUCUCAACCGAUACCACUCCUAUACCACCGUCGGCUGUUGUCACAACAACAACAACUAAAACAGCAGCUGAAACGGUGGUCGAAACCAAUACAUUCACGACCACCAGCCACGACACACCCACACCAAAACCUCGCGUACUCAAAGCAAGCCCGCCCGACUCCAUCUCCGAAGGCACAGAUAGCACCACCAUUCCAAAUCAAGUUCAACAAUCAGACUUAUCGAUCGAUAUAAAUAUUGAUGCAUCUGCACCAGUUCCGAAGCCCCGUGCUCCCAUUAAGCACACAGAUCAGUUUGAGAAUCUGGCUGCAUUGGCCGAGCAAUCCGACAGCAUUAGCCUACGUAGCUUUGAUUUUACAGAGGAACUUUCCAAAACAGAUGAGCCCUCCACGGAGCAGUCUAUUCGUUCGCAGCAAAGGGAUGUUGUCACAACAACAACCACAACAACUGCCUCUGAGGAUCACACCGAAAGUUUCGACCCAACAAGUGAAAUUUCAGUAGAUGAAGCAGACACUGAAAAAUCCGAAGGUGUCGAGAAGACAACGAGCUUUUACAUUGGCGAAUCAAGUCGCAAUGUGAUCACCAAGACCUUUACGAAAUCUCCAAGUAUGACCCCGCAGGACGAAGAGCCCAAGACAGAUAUGACGGAAAUCGAAGCAAAGGAUAUACCCCUAAUGAAAGAAGUCUCAGUGGAUUCUGAUGAAGCUAAUGAUGCUUUUAAAGAGUAUGUAACUAUGAAGCCCGAUGAUCCCCUUGCUUUGGAUAGUAAAAUAAUCAGGCAAAGCUCAGAAACCAGAAAUGAUCUCUUGGAAUUCGAAAAUGCUGACAAAGAUAAAACCACCGAAGCUAAAAUGUCUAAAGUAACCACCGAGGAGAGCCUAACAACGUCGACGGGCUCCAGUGGUCGUGCUGUUAUCGAGGUGGCGCCUUCAAGCAGUGAAGACCCUGACGAAUCCAGCAAGGAAAUUCCUGAGAUAGUCAAUACAAUAGUAGAAAAGCCGGAUAAGUUCGAGCUGCCACUUGAGAAAAGUGAGUGGGAAAUGGCUGAAAAAGAAAUUCCCACUGCAAGUAAACCAAAGGUAGUUCACUCGCCACUACAGCCACAGGCAUCGGCUGAGAAGCCCACUGAAAAGAUUCAGGAAUCCGUGGAGGCAGUUAAAAGAGAAUUUGAACUUAGCAGAGUGCCUGAAGACUUCAGCUCUGACAUUGGAAAUGAGGAUGUCUCAUCCUUUAUAGGAAUACCGGAGCUUCAGACCUCUACAAUAGAUGCUACAAAACCACCAGAGGGUCUUUUCGAUACUACCGUCAAGGAGACUUUAAAAAAGCAAGCUGUUAUGGCUCAUUAUGCAAAAGAAGUGCUUAGCGAAGUAGAUCGACGCGACGAUCAUGGAUCCCUAGGAUUUGUUUCAACGGGCACAGCUGAAGACUUUAGUUCCAUGGAGGAGCGUUUGGCAAAGGAAGAGCAAGGCUCACUUGGAUUUAUUUCGACGGAAACAGCUGAAGACUUUAGUUCAAUGGAGGACUAUUACACAGAGAGGUUAGCCACAGCAUCUAUAGUCGCGGAAGGAACCGUUGCAGAUAAAUCCAUCAGCAGCGCUUUCGAAGAAGCGAUUUCUGAUCAGAGUAUUAAGCCAGUAGACUUAGUAGUCCAUCGCAUAAAAACUGAUUCCUCGCCAGACUCCACCAACCGCUGGUCGAUUCCAGAUGUAGAUAAUUCCAGCUCCAGCGACAGCUGCCACAAGAGUUUCGAUAAAACACAAAGUCGUCCAUUAUCAUCUGAUGUAGAAAACUUGCUUACAGGUACCGGAACUUCAAGCGAAUAUCAAACUGCUCGAGAUUUCACACCUUCCACCUGCCGCGAUGGCACCGAAUACGUAAGUGCAGUCAGUACUCUAGGUAGCAGCAGUGGCAAGUCGAUUAGCUCGCAUGAGAGCAUGCGCAGCCUGGACUCACAGUCGGAGACAUCGGCCAAUCUGAUAAGCAUCGAUGUUUCUGAAUUAUCGGAGACUUUGGUAGCAUCAUCAACAGAAGCUGACGCCUUGGAGGCUGAUGAAAUGGCGCGCCUUCACGAGUUGCGAGCUGACGACGACGAUAGUGAUGAAAGUCUAGAUAUGAUAGCCUCCUAUCCCACUGCCGAGCAGCAAAGUGCGAUGAAACGCUCUCAGGAAAUGAUUUUCAAGCCCAAGUCUGAGUCUGAUAUUAUACCUCUACAACAAACGACCGAGACUGUGCAAAUUGAUGAGUAUCCCAAGCCGAAAGAGAUCGAACGCACUUGGGGACUAGCUUAUCCAAUUGAAGAGAAAGAGGGAAAGAUCGAUAGUCCCCGUGAUAGCGAAAAGGGAGAGGACAUACUGCUCUAUCACGGUGAUGCCAGACGUUCAAUCGAUGAGUCGAAACUAGCCUCGAGCUUAGAUGAGGGAAGCAUUCUCUCUGUUAGCAUGUCGAGUACAUCAAAUAUUGACACUGUUGUGGAAAACUUUGAUGAUAUAAUCGGUUCUGCCGGUUCCUCAUCAUUGACGGGUAUUGAAGGUUUUCAGUAUGGCCAUGAGGAUCCAAUCCCAUCCGCGUCUGUACCCGAAGAUACAUUCGUAUUAGAAAUGGAAAGUAAAGAAAGCUCGCCACAAGACUCGAAUGCCAGUACUCCGCCUGGCAGUGAAUCGAAAAGACGCGGUCACAAGCGUAAUGAAAGUACGACCAUUUCUGGAGAAGCGAUAAAGAACUUAGACAAGGAUGCCCCAUCAUCAGGCGAAGGCAAGGAAUCGGAAAGCGAGUCCGAUACAGACCCCUAUGAAUCCGAAUAUGCUCGUCAGUUCCGUUCCCCGAAAGAACGAAAACAUAAGAAAAAAAAACAAGCCGCCGCUGAAAUGGAUCACAGCUCAGAGCUUGAGAAACGUCCAUUCACACCAUCUCAGCUGGUGGCCGAAGUUAUUGUUGAGGAUGCUACAGAGGAGCUCGAAGCGGAAGCUGCCAUGAUUGAAGAGCGACGACCUUCGCAAAAUAUGCACGACUAUUCAAAUAUUCCCGACAUAAUGGUUACAGAAGAUGUAAAGUCGCCGAUUUUGGAAGAAGAUGCGCAUGAUUUUCCGGAGAAGACGCUGUACAAAGUUCGCACUGAGGAGGAGCUAAACAAGGCAAGUGAUGUAGCCAUCUACGAAAAAGCAAAAGAAGAAGAAAAAGAGCUUGACUUCCAAAGGCGAGUGCAGGAGCAGUACAAACAGAAACUUGAGGAGCUAAAGCGAGCCGAAGUGGGCGCAGAUUACGACGAUCAAAGGGCAGCUGAUUCUCCCGACUCCUUUGAAAUGGUUGAACAACCUGAUAUCUCAGAUGAGUUUGUCAUCAUCGAGGAGGUAGCCAAAGAGGCCAAUGAGGUUGACCUGGGUGGCAAAAGCAUAAAGAUUAAGCCGACCAAAUAUGAGCAAAAGCACGAUCAGGAUGUUGAAAAGAUUAUCAUAAAAUCAGCUCCUGCCGAUCCCAAGCUGGGCUCCCAGUUGUACAAGGACGAUCUCAACUUUGAGUUUGAGGAAAGUCCACCAACUGGAGCUAGCAGCAGCAGCGAGCAGCAGGAGGAAAGCGAUUCGAGCGACACUGCAGCUGCAAAUAAGCGCUGGGUCGAGAUGCAGCUGACAGAUACACAGCUGCGAUAUCCUUAUGAUUUAGCGGGCGCUGUGUUGGAGGACAUUAAGGAGGAAGAUGGAGAAUUCGAGGUGGGCAGCAGUCGUAUUAGCAGCUUCAAGGAUUCCUUCUCGAGUACACCGGAAUAUGAUUUAGCAGCUCGUCGUUAUCAUUCGCGCGGUGAGCACGAUGAUGUUUCUAUGAGCAGCCUGCAAGAGUUCGAGUCUCUGGAGCAGGCCAUUUCGCUGGAGAACCGAAAUCGUGGCCACCAAGGCUCAACAGACUCUAGCAAUGGUAGCUUUACACGCCGCUAUAUGGUGAGGCACAGCGGCAGUGGACCAGUGCCUGGCGAUGAUGUUUCCAUAUCCAGCCUUAAAGAUUUUGAGGGACUGGAAAAUGCAUGCAUUGAAGCUCAUCUCAUUGAGAUCAAAGCCAAAGAGGAAGCGGCACUACUCUCACGUUCCGAUGAAUCCAACAAAUCCAACGGCAGCGACCAUGGUGCCGUUGGCAAUGUGGUGGUCACCAAGGUAACGCGCACUGUGACCCGCACUGAGGUUCUGCCAGCAGGCCAAGCCGAAAACCUUGAACUCUUGCUCAAGCAACAGCUGGAAAGGGAAGAAUUUGAUUCGAGGGCAGUUAGUGGCACAGUGAAGAUUACCGAAUUGCCAACUACCGAACUGGAGCCAAAGUCAAAAAUUGACAGUCAGGACUCGGAAAAGGACAGCAUCGAUAGCAUGGAGAUUCGAAGCCAUGACAUGAUGACUAGCAGCAUAGAGAGUUUCGAUAUCUCAAAGGACGCCACCACACGCUCGGACAUUGACUCCUUGGAAAUUGAUAAGCGACACUCGCGACAGGAGAGUAUUGAAUCCUUUGGCGAUGAGCAAAUGGAUCUUAUGUCCAAGCUAGUCACUGGUGGCGGAGUAACUUUAGGAGAUGGUUUGACCACCACAACGACCACCACAACCACCAGCACAGACGCCGAUGGCCAAGAGCACACCGUCACGCGUGUAAUAACCACCACGACGGUUACCAGCGGCGGAGGAAGCGGUAUUCAGGAAUUGCCACUGGAUGAGAGCGGUAUGACCAAGGACAUAUCCGUUGAUUCUCUAAACCUGUGCAUGGAGCAAACCAGCUCAGCUGGUACAACGGCCACGUAUCAGACCAGCGCUGGAAACUCUCAGAUGUCGGGGAGCGUGACGAGCUGUGCAUCAAGUACGUUAAUGGAGGAUUCAUUCCCUGGUGUGGGUGGUAUGUCGUCCUCACAAAUGUCGGCCAGUUUUUGGUCACAUGACGAGUCGACGGUGGUUGAGGAUGAAGAUCUAAGGACACAACAGCAACAACAACAGCAGCAGCAACACCAAUAGAGAUGAGAAGAAAAGAGUUAAUUAAUAAAGGGCUUAAACAAUGACUAAGAAUAUUUGGCUAGACAAGACAUUUAACUAAGGAUGGCAGUAAAGGCGCAUCCUAUAUCCGGACUAUGAAACACACUGAAUGGGACACCACAUCACCAACUUUUUAUGUCACGGACUUUGAUAUUACUAAAAGCUUGAUGAUCAUAAUAAUAAAAAAAAACUAUCAAAUUCGUCAUUUUUUCAUCAAUAUAAACAUUUUAAAUGAA